GACUGUGUUCGGUGAUCUAAAUUGAGAAGGAAUUGUAUAGUUUUGAAUCCUUCAAGUUUCAUAUUUUGAAAAUUUUCAAAUCAUGAGUCGCGCUUACGAAGGAGUAAACGCUUCCAGCGAAAAUGAAGAGGAUGUGUAUCUGGAAAACGAUGUCAGCAACGUUGGAAAAAAGCGUUACAAAACAAAAGAAGAAGGAUACUAUGAUUCAGACUCUGAAGAAGAGGUUGCGAUGAAAAAGCCAAAAAAUGACGGCGAUGCGUCAGACAUGUUCUCAGAGUCAUCUGGAGAUGAAGCAAAAGGAAAUGCCGAUAGAGAAACCGAAGAACAAGACCCCUCAGAACGACUUGCCCAGCGGGGUCUAUCUUCUCGAAAUGAACUAGAUGAUGAGUUUGAGGAUGAGGACACAAAUGCACAAGAAACGUUACGUUACGAGGAUAUUGAGGGUCAAGAAGAGGUUUCAGACUCAGUUAGUAUAGAUUCUGAAGGUGAAGGAAGGGAUUCAGGCAAAUCGAAGGUCACGCCGUUUAAUUUAAAAGAAGACAUGGAAGAGGGUGACUUUGACGAAAAUGGAAACUUCGUACGAAAGUCCAACGAUCCUCAUGAUCAGUACGACGCAUGGUUAAGUGGUGAUGUUUCUUCAAAACGAAGUAUCGCUGCGGCAAAGAGAGCAGAAUUCACACGAAAACAAGAUGCUCAUAAAAAAAUGCUUUCUGACGUGGAAGAAUUAAAAAGACUUCCCUUUCAUACUGUUCCAGAAGCAUUGUCUUUCCUUAUUGUGCGAAUGGAGCCAGACGAAAACGUCCUGAGUUUUCUACAGAGACAAAGCAUUAGCACUUUAAUGACUAAUCGUGCUAGAAAACAAAAAAAUACCUCAGAACAUGUAUCUUUAGAACGUCAGUCAGCCGAUGAAUAUCGUAAAAGGUUAAUUGAAACCAUAACAGGUUGUAUUACCUUCCUGGAAGAUCGGACAAAAAUUGAGAGCUUGUACUCAGAAACUAAGGAGGCUUUACAAAGGCUGUUUCAGCGAAUUACUCAUGAAGCUUGGAAGCCGCCGACCGUUGACACGGAAAAACCCUCCUUUUCAUUUAAAUGGGAAGGGGAUGAAGGUAUAUAUGGGCCUUACUCUGCCGCCCAAAUGCAGGCUUGGGAUAAUCAAGGAUAUUUUACAAAUGCAAAACAAGCAGCUUUUAUUUCCAUAUCUCCAGAAAAAGGCUGGAUGUUUCCUCAAAACGUUUCUUAUUUGAGCGAAAACUCAAUCUAAAAUCAUGUUUACCCUUUCCUUUUCUGAUUAACCUUUAUUUGUACUACAGCUACGCUUGUGAAAAGAGCAUUCUGUUUUCAUGAUACAUUUUGCGACAUGAAGUCAAUAUAGACAGCCUAUUUUAUUAAAUAAAGUUUUCAUCACUCUCCAACCUCUUUAGUAUAUGAAUGAAAUUCAAAAAAAGAAAAAAAAAAAAACAUUAACGAAUCUAGUCUUCCUGCAUGGCUGCAGCUUCAGUGGCAGGCCAUUCGGUUUCAGCAACAUAGUUCUUCUCAUACUCUUCCAAGUACUUCACGCUUCUUCCUUGAUCCAAGAAAAGGUCAUAAACGCGCUUAAUAUCCGAAUCUUCGAUGGUAGCACUCUUGCGUUUCAACGCAACCUGGUUGGAAGAGGAAAUUAGAAGUAAUGCAUAUCGAAGACUAGUUUCACGUCCAAUGGAUGCCAAAUAAUCUAAAGCAGAAGGUGCCAUGUCAACGUCUUCUUCCUGACAGCGUAUAUGCAAAAUUUCCUUAACUUCUUCAUGAGAGUAAGUUUGCGUAGAGAUAAUAAGCAUUCUAUCUAAAUAAUCCACAGGGAUACCGUGAGGCGAGCGGUAGUUAGUGCCACGAAUUCUAGUAAUACCUCGAUUAGAAGCCAUGAUAACUAUAGGAGCAAGUUCAUCUUCCAGAGCACGGUUAAAAAAUGAGAAGCACUCAAUGUCAAGCAUAUGAACCUCGUCCACAAACAAAACACCAGGAGAAAUUUCGGCUUUUCCUUCUUCCCUCCAUUCGCUAACCUUGGUGUUAAUUUGUUCACGGACUUCCGGUUUGAUCUCACCGGUAUCACCAGCAAACAAAGCUAAGAAUCCUUGAGUUCGAGAGUUUAUGACAUCAAUAUCAUGAAGGGAAACAGUAUGAACAAUUUCCUUUCUCUUUUGAAUUUCACCUUGCGGGCAUUGAACGAAACGAGUAUCUGCUCCCAUAGCAUCGUAGUCGCGGGCCCUUGUAAAUGAACGACCUAACUUUGUGACUUUACCCAUGGACUUGUCAAUCGUUACAACAUCACCAGCCAAAACCUUUUCUUUUGUCAAAGCAUCAAUCAUUUUUGUACCCAAAUCAUAUACCGUUUCCAUAUCCGUAGUACGGAUUGUAAGUUUACCUUGUUUAUUACCACCAGUGAUCGAGCGAUCAAUUUGGAUUUCCACAACUUCACCUUCAAUUAUUUCUGUUUCUUCUUUAAUGCGAACACCAAUACUUUUCCGGAGUGCUUGUAAUAAAGCUUCAGUCUUUGACAUUUCAAGGGAAUAUACCUCACUAGCAGAAAGCGAGACAAAUGGAGUAUCUGAGCCAAGGGUUUGGGACAUAGCCAUUGCGAUAGCUGUCUUACCAGUUGAAGGUGGUCCAGCCAUGAGUAUAGAGCGACCCGCAAUUUUUCCAGCCUGAAUCAUUCGAAGAAUUACACCAGCAGCUCGACGAGCCUUCACCUGGCCUACCAUGCCAUCGCUUGAUUCUUUUGGCUCCAAAUUGUCAUUUAAAC